AUGGCCAUGGUCGCCUCCACCUCCAUCGCUUACCACAAGCCGCGUUUGUCGGUGGUGUGCAGGAAGAAGGACCGGGACAGGGAGCUGGAGCGGGAGAAGGAGCACAAGUACCCCUUCAAGGUCGUCGAGAUCACGCCGCCGCCGCGAUGCCUCGGCGUCCGCUGCUUCCCCACGAACAUCCACUGCGGAGAGAGCGUGACGAUCGAAGGGCAGGCGUACACCGUGUCGGCGGUGACGCACCGGUACCAGCUGCGCAAGGGGCGGUACGAGCCGAGCGAGAAGCGCCUCGACGUCCUCUCCACCGGCAGAUACAUCCUCAACCUCUACCUCGACAACCUCCUCGACAAGCCGCGCACGCAUGCACGCAUUUGGUCCUAUACUCUUUGUGCCCAAUGA